AUGCCAGGAAUAACGACGCGGGCGGACUCCGCCCCUCCCCCGGAUGACGUGGCGGUGCGGGAACGCCUGGCCCACUACCAGCAAGCCGCGGAGACUGCGCGGAGCGAGCUGGCCGCCCUGCAAGCUAAACACCAGAGCGUCCAAUCACAGCUGCUGGAGGCCCGGGCCAGGCUGGCGUCCCGGGAAGCUGCGGUUCAGGAGCUGCGGGAGGAGCUGGAAGGGUACAAGGAGACAAGCGCCAGGCAGGGCUCUGUGGUCAGCAGCCUGCGGGAGCGGGUCCGGGACGCGGAGCAGGAAAUCGGGGCUCUGACCUCCGCCAAGUCCCGGCUGGACACCACCAUGCAGGCGCUGACUGCGGAGAACCAGGAGCUCAGGGGGCGGGGCCUGGAGCUGGAGAGCCAAUCACAAGAGUACCUGAACGGAUGGAACAAGACAAAGGAGGAAGCCUCAGAGAGUGAAAGGAGAUACCAGGAGUUUGUGUUCAAACUGGCUGUAAGGAUGUCCACAGAUCUAACAGGAAAAGGGGACCCACUGGAUUUUAUUGCGUCUCAGGUGGAGUCGCUCUGUCAGCAGCGUGAGGGACAGAGAGGAAAGAUCCGCACCUUGGAGGAGAACGUAGAGGCCCAGGAGGUGGAGUGCAGGGCCAGCAGGGAGACGGUGAUGAGGCUGGUGGCCGAGGUAGGCCGCGAGCGGGGAGAGGCCGCCACACGCGCCAAGGAGCUGGAGUCACUGAAACAGGAGUUUGACAGGGUCUCACUGGCUAAGAGGAACCUGGAGGCGGAAAACCAGAGCCUUCAGGAGAGGCUGCAGGCCAGCCAGAGAGCCCUGGCGGCCUCCAGACAGGAGCUGGGCAGCCUGGAGAGGCGCUCCCAGGAGCUAGACGGCAGCCUGCGGGGCAGCCAAGGCGAGGCCCAGGCUUUGCAGGCCCGCCAGCACGCGUUCAGGGAGGAGGUGGCAGCGCUGCUGGGAGGGCCGCGCUCCACGGCGCCCCCUACAGAGGAUGACCUGCGAGAGAGACUCAGAGAGCUGUGCAGCCAGGAGAAGAGUGGGAGAGAGAGCUUGUUGGAGAUGGAGCAAAAACUGGCUCGAGUGUCGAAAAAGCUGGCAGAGCAGGAGGAGCUCCACCAGGGGGCGCUGCAGAGGGCUCAGCUGGCGGAGCAGCAGGUCCGGGAGCUGGGGGGCCAGCUGCGGGGGCUGGAGGUGGAGUUACUGUCCGGGGAGGUGGUCCGGGACGGGCUCAGACACGGCAGGCAGCAAUUUGAGCGCUUCCUGGAGCAGCUGUCGGAGAAGAUGAAGCUGGCCGCGGUGGCCGCAGACCUGGGCUUUGAUAUGAGGCUGGAGGCCAUUCUGUCUCGCGCGGAGCAGCUGGUGAAGCAGGAGGUGGCUGCCCUGGUGGAGAGCAAGACCCUGGCCCACAGUCUGCAGCGAAAGCUGAAGGCCCAAAAGGAGCGGCUGGAGAGCAAGGAGCUGCACGCGGACUUGCUGCGCAGGAAGGUGGCCCAGCUGGAGGAGGAGAAGAGGAGCCGCUCCGCCCUGGCGGUGGAGCGAGACGACGCCCACCUGGCGGCCAGGAAGCUGCAGAAGAAGGUGGAGCGUCUGCAGGAGGAGCUGGGCUCCAUGCGCCUGUCAAACACGGAGCUCAAGGCUCAGCUCGCCCACACCAAUGAGCUCAAGAUCAAGGUGAUGGAGCAGAGCCAGACCAUCACGGAGCAGAGCAGGAGCCUGGGCGAGCUGGAGGAGGGCAAGGUGAGGGCGGAGAAACGUCUGAGCACGGCCAGGACCGAGCUGGAGACCAGAGGGCUCCGCUCCAUGCAGGAGCAGCAGCGAACCCAGAGCCUGCUGGACGGCCACGCCAGCGAGCUGAGGACCCUCAGGCACACCGUGGACGAGCUCACCAAGACGGAGAGACAGCUGACUGACUUCCGCAGGGUGGUGUCGGAAAUGCUGGGUCUGGACGCCAGCUCCCUGGCCGUCCCAGACUACGAAAUCAUCAAGCGUCUGGAGUGGCUGCUCCACCCGUACCACCACUACCACCAUCACCACCCCCACCUUUCCCCGGACACCCCCUGCCACCGUCCGUCACAGCAGAACCCCAAUCUCUCCCUCAGUCAAAAGGACCACAGCACUGGCUCCGCCCCCUCAGAGACCCCUCCCAUUGCUGCCCUCAAAGCCCUCCCACCGGCCUCCACAGAGGCUUCAACCUAAAGGCCUGAGGCCUGUC